AUGUCAGCGAGGAACCACAUGUCGUGGCUGAAACACCAGCUCCCAGCACUACACCAGCUGUGCGACUUAACUCGCCACCCUAAAGUGAUCGUAUGGCCAAACCACCUAUGCAACCACCGCCGAAUGCUCCAUAUGUUACAACUCGAGGUCGUGUUGUCAAACCACCCGUGCGGCUGGACAUUGGAUCGUGUCGGCAAAAGAAAGGCUCGGACUAGUCAGCCAACGACAAAAUCAGCGAAAAGACGGCUUACGGCGAGGAGAGAAGAGGGCGAAGUGGAGAUUGUGCAGUUGGGUGCCGACGAUGUCACCGACCCCGCCAGUCCCCACCAGAGAGUAUAUUACGAUGAUUCGCGCACAUAUGAUGAACAAUUCCGCACGAUGCAGAUGACGAACCCCCAAUUAUUACAAAACCAAAAAAUUAUCACCAGCGGCACUACGAAGAGAAAGCAGCGAGAAAAUGAAAAACGGCACAAGGACAGUCUCAUAAAGAAGCAUGAAAGACAACGACGUUGGAGAGCAAAACAGAAAAUGCUUCAUUGUGAAAAUGUGACACCCAGUCAAACUAUCACAAACACCUUUUCUGAUAAAAUGCAGAAAUGCAGAGCAUUACGAAAACUCAAAAAUGCACUUCCUUUAUCAACACCAGCACGUGUAGCAACAAUAUCUGCCUAUCUAAAACUGGAUAAAUCACCAACUGUAAAAGGUCUCCAGAAAAGUGGAGUGGUGCUCUCACCUGAAGACACAGAUAACAUAAAGCUCGGGAUUGCCGUAAUUGAAGAUGUAAAGUCCACCAUCAAAUGUACAAAAAUGAAAAGAACCGACGACUCCAGGACUGCCAUGAAUAUCAUUACUUCAUCUAUCAGUGUAGAAUCGAUUUCAAAAUCAAAAUCAAAAACAAAACUCGCAGAAAGAUUGGGCGUAAAUGCAAAAAGGAUUUUUCAUGGAUCAAAGCGGCGUACCAUCGUUCACUCUGAAAAGGCAGCAUACACUUUCUCAGAAAGGAAAACGCGUUCUGAUGCCCUCACUGAAGAUGUAAGAAGGACAAUCUACGAGUUUUGGUGUAGUCCGGAUAAUGCACGGCCCACAGGAAAUAAAAGUGAUGUAAAAAGAGUACGGAUUGGACCAAAAUAUUCAAACCAUGCUGUGUAUAUCCUCGAUAAAACUCAAACAGAAGUAUUUUCUGACUUCAAAGAGAAACACUUUUCAAUAAAAGUAUCACAAAGGAUGUUUGAAAACUGCCAGCCUUUCGUACGUGCUGCACGCCUAAAGGAUCGCACUACCUGUUGUUGUCGAUACCAUAUGGAAGCCAGAACAUUGUUUAGAUCAUGUAUGGAGUUUCGAAAAUCACUGCCUCAGUCUGAACGAGAUAAAUACCCAAUUUAUACUAGUUUAACAGAUUUAGCUGCAGCCACUCUCUGCGAUAUGGAUGCAAACGGACUUUACAGAAAGGUAUGUCUAGACAGAGAGUGCACCGACUGUGGUGUUUCUUUAUUAGUUUCAUGA